AAUCUUUCUAAUUCAGCAAAUCCAGCGAUUCUAUUUUCUUUCCCAAUACUUACUCAAACUUCUGAGAAAGAGGAUACUUCCAUCUGUGCGGGGAGAUGAUGUGUACUUGUAUUGCAUGCACAUGCGCAUGUGCAGCUGUCCUGCUCUGUCUUUCUCUAUUGUUCUCUCUCUCUAUCUCUCCGCCUUUCUCUCUUCUAAUCUUGAUCUUGAACAGAACGGACUUGACGAUACAACCCUCCGUGUAUAUUGGAUUAGGGGUGUGUCCUUAGGGACAUAACAUACAUUAGGUUGAAAGUUCUUGACACCUGGAGUGAUCUUCAAUUGCGGAGCCUGCGUCUAUAGAAGCAUUGGGAUUGCAACAAAAAAUGGCCGAGCUAAUAUUAUCCAAGGACAAUGCUCUCACCCAAGACCCCAUCAUUCAAGCCAUUGGCAAGUUUGGGAAAUCGCAAUCAAUUAUGUUUGUGGUCAUCGGCAUCUUUUACAUCUUCAAUUCAUGGACCGAUGUUAUUUUAGUGUUUUUGAAUGUCCAAACUGACUUUUGGUGUUCAAUUCCUGCGCAUUUGAAGGAUACAAUGUCUGUCGAAGAAAGCCCCAAAUGGUUGCAUGCAUCUGGACGACAUGAAGAGGCCGAGAAAGUUACCAUUUGUAUAGCGAAAGUGAACGGCAAAUCUCAUCGAGUGGCCAAUGACUGGAAAUUACCCGCACCUACUGAUUUAAGCCAUCAAGGACGCGAUUGGGUGCUUGUGGAGAAUGCUGCAAUUCUCAGAGCUUCGGAAAAAGACGCUUUUGUUGGGGUUUUGCUGGAUUGUUGUUACCAUGACAUAUUAUGGACUUUCCCUCAACUCUGGCAAUCUGGGAGGAGACAUAUUCAUCAACCAUAUUAUUAGCGGGCUCGUGGAGAUUCCUGGAUAUUGUGGAGCCAUGUACCUCUUGAAUAUCAUUGGUCGGAUAAAGACCCUGUCUUUGUCUUUCUGCUUGUGUGGCUUAGUUCUGUUGGCUAUUUUAGCUGUUCCAAAUGACUUGCAAUGGCUCAUUCUGACAAUAGCUUUUGUUGGAAAGGCCUGCAUUACCCUGGCCUUUGGAGCCCUCUACGCUUUCAUUGCUGAGGUGUAUCCAACCAUUGCUAGAUCCACUGGGAUUGGAUGUUGCUCAUGUAUGGCCAGGGUUGGCGCCAUACUCUCCCCAUGGGUGGCCAUGUUAGAUGUGUAUCACCCAUUUGUUCCAAUAGUAGUGUAUGGGUUAUUGGCAUUCUCGGCUGGAUUGGCCGUUCUCGUUUUUCCUGAGACCAAAGGAGGCAAGCUUCCGGAUUCAUUCCAAGAGAGUGAAAAUUUGGGAUUAAAGUUUCCUUGGAAAAGAUCGAAGACACGGGUUGAGCUGACUGCGAUCUAAUGGCCGCAUAUAUUGCACGGUGAUUUGUUCAAAACCUUCUUUUCACAUUUGUGGUGCUUUGCACCGUCCGUGUAGUGGUUGAAAAUAGUGGCAAAAAUAGAAAAUCAAUGAUUUAAUAUUA